GUUACAUGUUCUAAUUUGUUUCAAAGAGUUUCCUAUCUUCUCAAAACUGAUUGUCUAUGAAUAUAUUGAAGUAAAAUUAAUAAACUUACAUGGUCGAAGUUUUUAGUUUUUAUAAAACAGUCUUUAGAGAAGAAAUUGUUAAGUGUUACUGUCACAGUGCAAAUCUUUUAAAACGUUUUUAAUAAUUAAAAAAGGAUUUUUGCAUUCCAAAUGGGUAUACCGAAGUUCUUUCGAUACAUAAAUGAAAGAUAUCCUUGUCUCACAGAAAAAUUGAAGGACUAUCAGAUACCUGAAUUUGAUAAUUUAUAUUUAGAUUUAAAUGGUAUUAUACAUGAAUGCUCACAUCCGGACGAUACGGAUGUUACGUUCCGCAUUUCAGAAGAAAUUAUAUUCAAAAAUAUAUUUCGUUAUAUUCAGGUAUUAUUUUGCAUGAUCCAGCCUCAAAAGUUAUUUUUUAUAGCGAUUGAUGGCGUGGCGCCACGUGCGAAAAUUAAUCAACAAAGAAGCAGACGUUUUAAAGCUGCAAAAGAUGCACAAAUUCAAGAAGCUAAAGCAAAAGCUAAAGGUAUAAAUUUACCUAAAGAAAAAAGAUUUGAUUCUAAUUGUAUAACUCCAGGAACACUUUUUAUGUCCAAACUGGAUGAACAAUUAAAAUAUUUUAUUACAUAUAAAAUAUCAACUGACAAACUUUGGCAAAAGUGUAAAGUUAUAUUAAGCGGAUCUCAGGUUCCUGGAGAAGGAGAACACAAAAUAAUGGAUUACAUACGUCAUAUGAAAGCACAACCAAAUUAUGAUGUAAAUACUAAACAUUGUUUAUAUGGUUUAGAUGCAGACUUAAUAAUGUUAGGUUUAUGCACUCAUGAAAUACAUUUUACAUUGUUGAGGGAAGAAUUGACAUUUGGUAAAAAACAAAGAAAAGUUUGUUUAACUCCAGAGGAGACAAAGUUUUGUCUAUUUCAUUUAUCUCUAUUAAGAGAAUAUAUAAAUCAUGAGUUUUCCUCAUUAAAGGAAAAAUUGCCUUUUUCAUAUGAUUUAGAAAAGAUAAUUGAUGACUGGAUUUUAAUGGGAUUUCUUAUAGGAAAUGAUUUUAUACCACAUCUGCCAAAUUUACAUAUUAUACAUGGUGCAUUGUCUGUACUAUAUCAAGUAUAUAUCGACGUAAUGCCUACAUUAGAUGGUUAUAUAAAUGAAGCGGGAACGUUAAGAUUAGAUAGAUUCGAAAAAUUCAUGGAAAGACUUAGUCGUUUCGAUAUAUUACAAUUUUCUGAAUAUUAUGCAGAUUUGAAAUAUCUUGAAAGUAAAACAGGAAGAUCUCUUAUCGAAACUGAAAAACUCAAUGAGAAAAAAUCAAGUAAUGAAGAAAUUCGUUCUCCAAAGAAAGUACAAGAUAAAGAAUUCGAUAUGUUACUUAGAACUGCCGCGGAGAUGUCAUUAGGAAGAUAUGAUGAUGAAGACGGUGGAGAUGAUAAGUCAGAUAGUGAAAUGUACACAAUGGAAUUUGUUCAAUGCAAGAAAGAUUAUUAUAUUAAUAAACUAAAAUAUGAAAAUAUAGAUGAAGAUUUUUUACGUUCACAAGCCGAGGGUUAUGUUAGAGCAAUUCAAUGGAAUUUAAAUUAUUAUUACAAUGGAUGUUGUAGCUGGUCGUGGUAUUAUCCACAUCAUUAUGCACCUUAUAUUUCUGAUAUAAAAGAUUUCAAAGAUUUGAAAUUGGAAUUUGAAUUAGGAGAACCAUUUUUACCAUUCGAACAAUUAUUGGCUGUGUUACCAUCUUAUAGUAAAGAAUUAUUACCAUCAGCAUUCCAAACAUUAUUAACUGAAGAACAAUCUCCUAUAAUUAACUAUUAUCCAUCAGAAUUUGAAACAGAUUUAAAUGGCAAGGAGCAAGAGUGGGAGGCUGUAGUACUUAUUCCAUUUAUAAAUGAAAAAGAUCUAUUAGAUGCAAUGGCGCCUCAUUAUUCAAAAUUAACUUUGGAAGAACAAGCAAGAAACAAACAUGGACCAAUGUGUUUAUUCACUUAUACAGAAGAAGAAUUAGGCAUGUAUCAUGCACCUGAAUAUUUUCCUAAUGUUAUUAAUAAUUAUGCAAAAGUGCAACUAAUUAAUCGUGAAGACAUUUAUGUUCCUCGAGAAAAAUUAAUACGGGGCUUGUGUUCUGGUGUAAGACCAGAUAUAUACUAUCCUGGUUUUUCUACUAUACAACAUAUAGAGCAUAGUGCAAGUUUGGAAAAAGCUAAAAUAAAAGUAUUCCAACGACAAUCUAAUCGAGAAAGUAUGAUUUUACAUAUAAAACCACAGCCCAAGAUUAAUUUAACGACUAUAGGAUCAAAAUUAUUAGGUCAAAUAGUGUUUGUAAAUUGGCCACAUUUAAAGGAAGCUUUGGUAAUUGGUGUUUCUAGUUCUUCUUGUAUGAAAAUGAAUUUAAUUAAUCCGCAAAUAAAACGUUUAUAUGAUACUAUUGAUGGAUCAGAAUGGACUGUGGAGAAAAAACGUAUAACAGAAACCUAUAAAGAUCGUCUCGGAGUGGAUAUCGGAGAAACUAAAUUUUUAGUUCAUGUACGAUUAUUGGUAGGCAAAAAAUACACUUUCGGUUCUUAUGGAAAAGUGCAUAUUGAAAAACAUUGGAGUGAAAUACCAAGUUGUUAUGCUUAUCAGACUAUAGUAAAAGAUAUCACAAUUCAUUGCAAUAAUAAUACACCAAUAUACAAAACUGUUAAUGAUAUUUUCGAACCAGGGAUUACAUGUUUUAUGUUGGGACAUCCAUAUUAUGGAGCAACGGGAAAAGUUCGCGAAUCCGCGAUUUGUAAAAAAUCAGGUCGGAUAAAAGUAUCUGUAAUUACGGUGCGUGAACCAUCUUUUGAAGGAAUCAAACAAAUUCAAGCUGAUCUUCAAACUCAGUAUAUGCGCGGAAAUAUAGCUUCACAAAGAUUGGGUAUAAGUCCUUUACUUUUAAGCAGAAUUACCGGUACGAUUUUUGUAAAACAAUCCUCAAAUGGACUUCAACAAGAUGAAGUUACACACAACAUUGGAUUUAAUUUAAAAUUCACUAAGAAGAAUGCGGAGAUUCCUGGUUAUACUCGAAAAGCAGAAGACGGUCCUUGGUUUUAUAGUCCCAAAGUUCUCGAUUUAAUUCGUAGUUAUAUGUUGAGAUGUCCUACUCUGUUCGAGCGAUUAGCUCAAAAUCCAACCACAGGUAUCUUUCAAGAGGAAGAUCUAUUUAUUAAAGGUUCUGGAGAAUUAAAUGAUACAGUGGCAUGGUUGAAAGAACAACUUCAUGGAAUAGAAAGCCGGACGUGUGGCAGGGAAACCGUUGAAAGUUCUAUAGUAAAAAAACUUGAAGAAGAAGUGGAUACAUAUCUGAAAUCACCAAAUAGUAUUGGAAAAGUUGUAGAUAUGCAAGUACAACCAUAUUUGCUUUAUACACCAAGUUUGCGUGUACGCAAUCUUUCACCUGAUCCAAAAGCAGAAACUUAUUUGUUAGAUAGAAUUUGUUGCAUUAAAGAUAAUUUCACUGUACCUCUUGGAUAUAAAGGAACUGUAAUUGGAAUACAAAAAAUGGAAAACGUGUCAGAUACUAUGUAUGAUGUUUUGUUCGAUAAACCAAUCAUAGGUGGUCUUAGUAUAAAUGGUUCUUCUGAAUUCCGCGCAUAUCGUUUAGCAGCUCUUGAUUUUAUAAAUAUUAGUUAUGGACAAAGAAUAGAACAUAGUAAAGAAACUAUAAAUACAAAUGCAGAAUCUACAGAACAAUGGAAAAAUCUUAUGUCUAACCAGGAAACACAAUCGCGCACAAAUGCUAGUACAUCGUAUAAGAAUGAAAAUCAUUUGCCAAUCGAGGCAGCGAUGUCACCAAAAUGGAUUGUUCAUAAGAAUACCGAAGAAACGACAAAAAAUCAAUUAACUCACAAAUUUAAACAGUACAAUGUACAGAAUACUGUGAAUAUUCGAAAAUCGCAUAAAACAAUGAAAAAUAUGCAACUUCCUCAGAACACACAGAAAAAGUCAUCUAUAGAACCAACGUCUGAAUUUCAGGCAAUAUGGAAUGAAUUGCAUAAAAAACAGGAAUUAAACAAAGCUACACCACAAGCUUCAACAAAACUCGAAAAUCCGCCUCAAGAUCCUAGUGCUUUCUUGAAGGCAGUGUUAAAAAUUCCUGAUGGAAGUGCUCAAGAACAUCAACAAUCUGGAGUAUGUAAAACACCUAAAUGUUCAAAUAAUUCACAGAAAGAAAACAAAGCAUUAGAUACACCACCUUUAGUGCAACAAAUGUUCGAUCAUGCUCGACAGAAUGAUAAGACACCAACAUGGUAUUGCUCACAAUUAUUGAAUUACUAUCAACUCAGUGGAGCAGGAAUGCCUCGAUAUAGCUAUUUUUGUAUUGGAGAAAGUAAUUUGAUUCAAGCACAAAUUCUUCUACCAGACAAAAGGAUAUUUGUGGGAGAUCCAUGUGUGAAUCACGAACAGGCAGCAGGAAGUGCUGCAAAAAAAGUUUAUGCAGAAUUAAAGUUAGCUAACUUAUUGCCAAAUAUGAAAAUACUUCUACCACCUCCUCAACAUUGGUAUUCUAAUCCCCAGAACAGUAAUUGGUCACAAAAUAUAAGAUCACCAACCACACCAUAUUAUCCACCAGAACCUAAAUUUCUUCAACUUUCUCCUGAAUGGGUCAAAAAAGAUCAUCGCAGUACUAAUUCUCAAGAUACGUCCAAACAGAAUAAUCAGUAUAAGCAUCAUAUUCAAUCAAAAACAUCUCAAAACGAACCAAAGUCAGAGACAAAGAAAUGCCCAACAACUUUUGUACCCUUACAAGCACAAAAAAAAAGUAGACAUAUAAUAGCUAAAAAGGCUAUUAGUAAAGAUAGUGCAAAUCAAAGUGCCAAAGACAAUCCUCAACCUAUAAUACAACAAAAAGAAAAGGAAUUGCCUACAAAGACGAUAAAAGUAGAAACCGCCAGCACAAUUGUCGAAAAACAAAAACCAGUGCAAAGUACCUCACAUCAAGUACAAAAUACACAGACCGUGAUUAAACCUAAAAAAUCGCGAGUUGCUGCAAAAUUUUGCAUAUCAUCACAAAUUGAAGAAAACAAUCACAGUAAAAGUUCAACUUAAAAAAGAAAAAGA